CCACGGAACCACCUCCAGGUCCGAUCUUGGUCCAUGCUGCCCAUCGCACCACCUGCCUGCCCCGCGUCCGCCGCCACCGCCAUGGGAGUGCAGGUGGAGACCAUCUCUCCCAGGGACCGGCUCACCUUCUCGAAGCAUGGCCAGACCUGCGUGAUACACUACAUUGGGAUGCUUGAAGAUGGAAAUAAAUUAGAUUCCUCCUGGGACAGAAACAAGCUCUUUAAGUUUAUGCUAGGCAAACAGGUGAUUCGAGGCUGGGAAGAAAGGAUUGCCCAGAUGAGUGUGAGUCAGAGAGCCAAACUUACCAUCUCCCCAGACUAUGCCUAUGGUGCCACUGGGCACCCAGGCAUCAUCCCACCAAAUGCCACUCUCAUCUUUGACGUGGAGCUUCGAAAACUGGAAUGAUAGGAAUGGCCUCCUCUCCGAGCUCCCUGU